UUGUUGAAUUAAUGCAUUUAUACAUUUAUUAAAAUCGAACUGUUUUUAAAAGCUUUUAACUCUGAUCAACUACAUAGAAGAACAUUUUGGAUACAAGUUUAGUACGUAUAAUCCACCACAGAAAGAGACUGAAAAUAAAUAUGGACGAGCCGACGAGUAUUGUUAGAGAAAAUUGUGUGUCAUUAAAGACAAAAGACGACACUAGUGGAACAAAUCGUUACAGAACUUAUAUAUGCAGUACGAAACAAACCUUCGAUACAAACGAAAAUAGUUCACACAAAGGACAUGCGUAUAAAGUUAAAUGGAAUGGCCAACGUCGGGAGAAUUACAGCGAUACGGUAGGACUAACUGACAAGGAACUUGUAUUUAAGGAUAUGAACACCCGUCCAACUCAUAAGUAUAUUUCAAAGUCGGGCGAUGCUCGAACGAACAGGGGUAUCUUAAAGAACGCUGAUGAGAAUAAUCAAUAUAGACCAACAACUGUUGGAUCUAGCAGAGAAACCAACAUCAUCGUUCCUAGAUGGCAGUCCAUGGAAAGUCAGAAAUAUAACUUAAAGAUAAAUGGAUUUGUUCCUUCAGAUGCCACCAAAGUCGGUAUCAGCAGGAAAGAUGUCACAGAACAAAGAAGUAUACAGCUGCCUGGAACACAGUUACCGUCAUUAAGUCUAGAAGGCGAUGAGCGCCGAAUAAAGAGCCACUGGGCAGGAAUAAAAACAGUGAUGAAGGAUAAAAUUCCAGAAACUGGAGACGUAUAUACUUAUUUUAAUCGUAUGAACGUGAAAAGGAGAAGUAAAACAGAUUCAUCUUCGUCUAUAGACAGUGAUAAACUCGAAGUAGGAACGUCACUUGGGAGAAGUUUGUCUCCGAAGAAUGCGAUAUAUGAUGAAUUCCAUUCAGACUCGAGCGAGGAUACACCCAGUCCAAAACAUCUCUCCAUCUCCGACAGCGAAGAGUGUGAUACUGACCUGGAAAUCGAUAAGAACUUCGGUAAAGGGUCUUCGAGAAAAGACAUACCUCCAUAUCUUCCAGAUAUCAUACCAUCGUCAGAUAUUAACAUUGGUAAAACAGUAUAUAUUAGAGAGUGUGAGAAAUGGAAUACUUCUCCACAAAGGCACGUGCUUAAUAGUUUGCCGGAGCGAUCGCUGACCUUGAGGAACAGAUCUCUAGGAACCAAUGCCGUACCACCCAUAUGCUCUGCACUAAGGGAUAAUUUACGUGUUGAGAAGUUAAAUCUGGACGGUGUUGAUAUCACAGACGAUGGCAUACAACAUUUAGCAGAAAUGUUAAUAGAUAACAUUACAAUAACACAUCUUAAUGUAGCCAACAACAAUCUUGGAGUACGUGGUGCACAAGUACUGGGCCAUGUCCUAGUUGUUACAGGAAACAUUACCCAUCUUAAUAUAUCGGGUAAUAAAUUAGAUGAGAAUGCUUCGUGGUAUUUGACUUCAGGAAUUGGUAGCAACGAAAGUAUAACACAUUUAGACAUAAGUUACAACGACUUAGGAGAGCAAGCAGGAGUACUUCUGGGAGCAGCCUUAGGUACUGUACAUUUAUUGAUUUAAAUUCUAAUUAUAUUAGAUUUGAUCAAUUUAGAGAAUAAUAUGUCUGUUUAAGAUAGACCCAGAUGUUCU